CAAAUUAUCCCGCAGUUCCUGGAGCUCUGCAGCUCCCUGACGGAGGAACACCCGGAGGUCCUUCCUUUCUUAUCCAACCGUCACCAAAAAGCUUCCACCGAUUUCCUUUCCUCGGCCGAAUUCCGGAACAUCCUGGCCCGUUGCCUUGCCCGCGUCCGCGCCCGCCGCACCAAAGUCUACGUGUACAUCAACGAACUGUGCACCGUGCUCAAGGCCCACACACUACGCAGGAAACUCAACCUGGCCUCCGCUCCUCCAUCCCCACCUCCCACCACCACCACCACCAACACCACCACCAUCGCCGCCGGCUCAUCCAAAGCCUCCCCGUCUCCCGGCUCCAUCACCCCGCGCCCCCCGAGCGGUUCCAAACGUCAGAUCCGUUAUUUAGAGAACCUCCUCCGCGUUUACACGGGCGAAAUCCGUCGGUUGCAAGAACGGGAGUUGGAUUUGGCCGAAUUGGACAGCGAGGAUUCGUCGUACCUGCAGGAGAGCCGCUUGAAACGCAAGAUGAUGCGCAUCUUCCAACGCCUGUGCGACUUGAAGCAGUGCAGCAGCCUGACGGGUCGCGUCAUCGAACAGCGCAUCGCCUACCGGGGCACCCGGUACCCGGAGGUCAACCGUCGCAUCGAACGGUUCAUCAACCGCCCCGAGGCUUUUCCCGAUUACAGCGACAUCUUGAAGGUGAUCCAAAAAGCCAGCGCCAGGCACAGCUUGGGUUUGGCGAGGAGGCAGAUGGAGAGCAUGGCUCAGGAUGCUUUCCGGGAGGUGGGGAACCGCCUGCAG